GAGGCAGCGCCAUGGGGUCCAGCAGCACCUGGGGCCUCCUCCGCACCCUCUGCAUCCUCCUGGUGCUGGGCGGGCGCCUGUGCCCUGCCACGGCCCAGUGGUUUUACCUGGGCUCAGAGGACACCACCCCGGAUCCCGGCACCAGCCUCACCACCCCCACCCUGGAUGGAGAGGAAGAUGCAGAGACCAGCAUGGAACCCACGGGGAAGGUGCUGCUGAGCAAACCCCCUCUGGCGAAGGCCCCCAGACGCCGGGACCACCUCGCCAGGGGAACAGCAAAAGGACCAGGCCAUGCCCCACCACGCACACGAGGCCAGCAGCACCGACCCACGGCCACCCCAGAGAUCUUCGAGGGGAGCGCGGUGGAAGAGGAGUUCCUGCAGAUCCAGACGACAACAAAGGGGCUGCCCCGGGGGGUGCCCCCAGCCCCAGAGAUGGACCCUGCUCUCCAGGUGCACAACGGCUCUGGCUGUGUCUGCCCCGUGCGCCCUGGCCCUCCUGGCCGUGCCGGCCCUCCCGGCCCAAAGGGAGAGAAAGGUGACCGAGGGUUCCCCGGAGAGAGAGGCCAGCCCGGAAUCUCAGGAGACAGAGGGAAGUCUGGCAGCCCAGGACAGCCAGGUCACCAGGGUCCCCGGGGUCCCCCGGGUCCUCCUGGGCCCCCCGGGCCCCCGGGCCCCCCAGGCACCUGGGGAGCAAGGAGCCCACCCGCGCCUGCCGCCGUCCCCGAGGGGUUGGAGAACGAGCUGGGACCCUCCAGCCCUGUGGGAAACCCGGGACCCCCAGGCCCCCCCGGGCUGCCCGGCAUGCCCGGACCCCCAGGCUACCCAGGCCAUGAUGGCCCCCCGGGGGUCCCUGGGCGGGAGGGAAAGCCGGGACCCCCCGGCCCUCCAGGGGCUGUGGGACCACCCGGUUUCCCCGGGGCUGAAGGAACUCCAGGGUCUCCAGGCUCGGCUGGGCCAGAUGGACCCCCGGGGGCACCAGGGCUCCCAGGGCCUCAGGGUCCCCCCGGGGUGCCAGGGCACGAAGGACCCCCCGGUCCCACAGGACCUGCAUCACUCCCUGGCAAACCAGGGCUCCGAGGGGAGCCAGGAUUCCCAGGACUAAAGGGAGAGAAGGGUGAAUACGGGCUGCCAGGCAUGCCGGGAAGCCCUGGCCGGACUGGAGAGACAGGGCCCCCAGGCAUGCCCGGUCCCAUGGGGCCUCCAGGACCACCGGGGGACUACAGGUGUGACUUGCGCCACGGAGGGCACCGUGGAUUGGCUGGGGUACCGGGCCCCAAGGGAGAAAAGGGCGACCCCGGAGAGCCGGGGUGCUGCUACAGGGAACAGGGGUGCAAACCAGGCCACCUCCCCUUCCCCAGCACUGGCAGCCAGCCCAGCUCCUGGGGGUCCAUCAGAGGGUACCAGACGGACAGCAAAGAGGAACCAGAGAUUUAUGGAGCGAUCAUCCCCCAUGGUGUUCGAGGUCCUCCCGGCCCCCCCGGGCCCCCAGGCCCCCCUGGCCCACCAGGUCUCCUCUACCUCAACAGGGUGUACCCGGUCCGUGCCCAGCCCCCCUGCAAGCAGCCGGUGGCCCCAGACCCAGGCUGGGCAGCAGAUGCCGACACCCGUCAGACGGAGCCAUCGGACUGCCGCACUGACCCCCGGCGCCAGACAUGGGUCUUCAGGUCCAAGGAGCUGAUGAUGAAGGCGAGCGGUGCCGUGCCCGAGGGGAGCCUGGUCUACGUGCAGGAGGGGAGCAGCGCCUUCCUCCGGACCCCCACUGGCUGGAGCCGCCUCCUGCUGGAGGAUUCGCGGUCGGUCUUGGCUGGUGACGACCCUUCUGCCUCCACCCCACGGUACCAGGAGGCAAAGCGGGUGCAGACAAGAGGUCCCAACACAGUGUCACCUGUGCAGUCCCCAAUGGACUCGCUGGUCCAGAAGGAGGAGGGACAAGGGCUGCCCCAAAUCCCACCAACCACCAUCGCCCCACGGAUCCCAUCUCUCCGCCUGGCCGCCCUCAACGUGCCCCUGUCUGGUGACAUGAGCGGGAUCCGGGGUGCCGACCUGCAGUGCUACCGGCAGUCCCAGGAGGCCGGGCUGUACGGCACCUUCCGGGCCUUCCUGUCGGCCCCCACCCAGGACCUGGUGUCCAUCGUCAAGAGGACAGACAGGACCCUCCCCAUCGUCAACCUGAAGGGGCAGCUGCUGGCCAAGUCCUGGAGCUCCCUCUUCGAGGGUCAACCUGGUGCCACCCCACGGGGUCCCAUCUACUCCUUCAACGGGCGCAACAUCCUGACGGAUCCCCUCUGGCCCCACCGGCUGGCCUGGCACGGCUCCACGGCGCGGGGGGGCCAUGCCCGGCGCCGGGACUGCCAGGGCUGGCGUGGCUCUGGCGCGGCCGAGGGCAUGGCCACCCCCCUGGGCCAGGGCCGGCUGCUGGCCGGGCACCGGCACAACUGCUCCACACCACUGGCCGUGCUCUGUAUCGAGGUGGCCUUUCCCUACCGGCACAUGUGGUGA